UCCCCUCAUCCUCUUCAUCUCAAGUUCCCCACAAAAAACUCAUCAAAUAUCAAUAUAUUUUCGUUCCGUAGAUGGCUAGGAAUAUGAAGUCGUCUUUGCUCCUCUUCAUGAUGUUGGUUAUUCUUCUGCCUUCAAAACAGGCAGCACGCCCUCUCGUCGGGGCUGAGGUCGUGCCGACGGAGCUGCCGUCGACGCCACCCCUGCCUAAAGGGAAGGAAGGAGUCAAAGUGCCAAGUACUGCCGGCGGCGGAUCCGGACCGGCGAUAAUAGGCGUCAGCCACGUUACUAACUCCGGUCCCAGUCCUGGUGAAGGUCACUGAUGAAGGCUUGCAGACCGACCGCGAGCUGGCGAUUGCCAUGCAAAUGGGGCUUUCUUCUCUUCCUAUUUAUUUAUUUAUUUGUUUAUUUAUUUAUGUUGGACUUUUGUUUUUGGGUUUCAUGGAAAGAUGGGAGACAUUAGGCAGCGUGACAGUAAGAGUAAAAAAAAUUUCUUUCUUCUUAACGUUUCUUUACGUAUACGGGUAAAUUGUAGGGAGAGUUUUUGUUUUUUGGUAUGGGACGGCAAUUCUUUUUAGUUAGUGUAUGGAUUUAAUAGUCGGGGGGAUUUAAUCUGUUAAAUAUGUGUAACUGUCAUCUCUGGAUCGUAAUAUAUAUACGGCAAAGAUACAAAAUACUAAAUGUUAUACAUUUGG